CCGGCGUCGUGUCGAUCGGCGAGUUACAGACAGACAGAUGUGUCAGAUGGACAGACGGAUGUGCGCGUUCCCGAGCGCUAGCGUAAAUAUACGGGCUUAUAUGUACGCCACCAUUGUCGUCACGUGACUAGAAUGGGCGUCGGCGAUUUGUGGCUAACAAAGAUAUGGACUCGUUUGCAUCUGUAGCAGUCCAGCUUGGACCGGACAAAAUAGAAUAGAAUCAGUUCUAUCAAUCUGGCUGCCGUAGGGCGGUUUUCUAAUUAGUGGCUAGCUAGGUUAGCGGAAGCGGAGCAGACAGGAAGGACCGAAUUACUGUCUGGUAAACUAGAGUGCGAGUAAGACCGCGUGAACGUCAUUGGGGAUCCGACCGAGGAUGAUGUUGUUGUCUGUCAGUGUCUUCGUUGUGCUUUCUGUCGUCGGCCAGACAAACGGUGACACUCAGCGCCUCACGUGCACAGACGUAAGAAGCAAGUGCGACAGCGACAUGACAUGCAGAUAUUUGCUCCUCUACUACUUGACCACGUGCUCGACGGUCACUGCGAACACGUGCUCACAAGAAUGCAAAGACAGCUACAUCGAUCUGAUUUCGAACUCAGUGGGAAGUCUCUGGCACGAAUGCGACUGCGGAACAGGAGUUUUGGGAGACAUAUGCACGUCUUUUGCGAACUCCGUCAUGACGAAAUGCUUUGGAGAUGUCAGACCGACCCCUCCGGCUUCCGCCUUCAAUCACACUGGACAGCUCACUUGUUCCGACUUGUUGAAGUUUUGCUCAAUUAGCACCACGUGCCAAUCUCGAUACCUCGCGUACUUGAACAUCUGUACACCUUUUGUACCGCGACUCACUUGUGCACAACAGUGCAACGAGUCGUUCUACAAUCUACUUCGGCAUCCAAUCGGUAACAAGUUGUCAAGCUGCGAAUGUGGCGAUGACGUUUGGUGUCAAUUAUCACUGGGCAAUGUGCUAUCAACCUGCUAUGGUGGUAACUCACCCGUUCCGCCUCCCACAGUGGAUGUACCAACAGCGAAUCCGGUUGGCUCCUGCGAGAACGUUUAUGAUAACUGCUUUCUCGACAAGUUUGGUUCGUGUGGAAGCUACUUCCUCCUUGAACAGAGUCAUUGCGGUAAUUAUUCAGACUCUCCUUGUCCUGCGUCAUGUGCAGACGCAAUGAAAGCUGUAAUGUCUACCAUUCCAUAUGCAAGUGAGCUGACGACGUGCAAUUGUGUAAAUUCUACGUCUACCGUAUGCAUUGUCAUUAAGAAAAUACAAAUACUGAAUUCUUGGUGUGGAAGCACACCUUCUGCGGCGGCUGGAAUAUAUAGAAGUGCAUUGGGUAAUCUAGUCUUCACAUCAUUGUUAGCUGCUAUUGGGUGUGUCUUAUGGAUGCUGUAGGCUGGACAUGAAAAACUGUUACUUCGAGUUGUUUAGUAGAUAUACUUGCAUUUCGUUUCUACUAAUGCCGUUGAGGCUGCUUUUGCUAAGUUGCGUAAAUUUGAAAUUCAUGCAAUUAGAACGACUAAACCA